AUGGAUUCUGUGGAGUCGUUUGUGAAGAAGCAUUUAGCUAAGUAUGGAAUGUACGAGAUUGAAGCUUUAAUUGAAAAUUUAAGCAGGGAGGAGCAUGGAAACUCCAAAGAGAAGCUAAAAAAUUUAUAUAUGGAUUUAGAGAACAUUUUUAGAAAUGAGAGAUUUAUGAAAGAGUACGAAGAGAUUCUAAUAGAUAUGUUAAAAGGUGAAGUAAAUAGAGUGGAAAAAGGAAAAGAAAGAAUUGAGAAUAUAAAGUUAGAGCCUCGAGAUAUUAAGGUGGAAUAUUUGCCUCCAAAAAAGAUAGAUUGGGAUAAAUUAGCUGAGAAUGGGCUUGAAAGUGAAUCCGAGAUAGUUAAAGUAAUUGAAAAAGUGAAGAGAGGAGAAAUUGAAAAGAAUGUUUUAAUUCCAGAUUUAAGUAAUGAAGUGACUAAUGGUAGAAAUGUUUGUUUUGUAACUGAACUAGAAAGUAUACCUAAAAGUAUUGAAAAUUAUAUUUAUAAGCAUGGGAUUAAGAAGCUAAGAGAAGGAAAAGUGGGAAUUAUAAUCAUGUCAGGAGGAGAUGGAUCUAGACUUGGAUACAAUGGUCCUAAAGGAAUGUAUCCAAUAGGGAAGAUAAGUAAGGAUAGUUUCUUCAAGAUAUUUUGCCAAAAGAUUCAAAGUUUAACAAGACUGGUGUUUAGUAGUGAUUGUAAUACUGAAAAGAUUAAGUACUUAGGAGAGCUCAAAGAAAUUCCUUUAUAUGUUAUGACUUCAGAUAAUAAUGAUCAUUUGACUAAGAAUUACUUUAAGGAAAAUAAUAACUUUGGUUUAGAAAACGUUAUUUUCUUUAAACAAGAUUCGGUACCUAGUAUUAAUAUAAAAAAUAAUUGCUCAUUUUUCUUAAGUGAAGAUCUAAAAAUAUUAAAGUCACCAAAUGGAAAUGGAGGAAUAUUUGAUUGUAUGAAAAAUCAAGGAAUAAUAAAUGAUAUGUAUAAUAAAGGUAUCGAAUAUGUAUUCAUACAUUGCAUUGAUAAUCCAUUAUGUAAAAUAUGUGAUCCUUUUUUUAUAGGAUAUUCUGAUUUACUUAAUUUACAGAUAUCUACAAAAACUAUUAAUAAGAAAGAUGUUAAUGAAAAUAUUGGCAGUGUUGCUCAGAAAGUUUCUGUAGAUAUUAAUGUAACAAAUAUAUUACCUUGCAUCAUUGAGUAUACAGAACUUAAUAAGUUAGGUAACAAAAAAGAUGAUUUUUCAUUUGGAAGUAUUGGAAUCCAUUUAUUUCAUCUUGACUUUAUUAAAGAGAUCUCUAGUAAAAUACUUGAAUUUCCAUAUCAUAUAGCAUAUAAGAAAAUACCUUAUUUAAAAUAUUUAAAUGAUAAUAAAACUCCGAAUCUCAAACCUUACAUUGAUCAACCAUCUGAAGUAAAUGGAAUCAAAUUGGAAACAUUUAUUUUUGAUUCCUUUGCCUUUACUAAUACUCCAGUUCACUGUAUUAAUGUAUCUAGAGACGAAUUUUCACCAGUCAAAUCUGCUUCUGGACAAAAUUCCCCAGAUUCAUGCCAAAUUUCGAUUUCAAAUCUCAACAAAAAACUCCUGAAUCGCGCAUUAAAUAUCUCUGAUAAUUUUUCCAAAGAUUUCUUAUUUCCACCAUCUAAAUAUCUUGAAAUUUCUCCUUUGGUUUCUUAUGAUGGUGAGAACCUAGAUAAGUUUUCUCAACUCAUAACCACCAACAAUCAUAAUUUCAUAUAUAUUAAUGACUCAAGUCAGAUAGUUUUUCUGGAUGAUUUACAAUAA